CCGCGCCGGAGUGGGCAAGGCUCGAGAUAUCAUGGAGGAUCAGUAGGCAAAGUGCUGCCAGCAGAGGUGGGCAGGCACAGCUCCGACCCCCGGAACUCUCAGCCAUUUACCGCCGCACCAGCUGCUCCAGCAUGGACAUGAAGAAGAGGAUCACUCUCGAGCUGCGGAACCGGAGCCCGGCGGAGAUAGCGGAGCUGGUGCUGGACAACAGCCGCUCGGCGGACGGCGAAGUCGACGGUCUGACCGAUGAGUUCACGGAGCUCGAAUUCCUCAGUAUGGUCAACGUGGGUCUGACCUCGCUCACCAAGCUGCCCUCACUGCCCAAACUACGCAAGUUGGAGCUGAGUGAUAACAACCUGUCAGGUUCUCUGGAGAUGCUGUCGGAGAAAUGUCCAAACCUGACGUACCUGAACCUGAGUGGGAACAAGAUCAAAGAGUUGAGCACUGUUGAGGCGCUGCAACACCUGAAGAGCCUGCAGAGUCUGGACCUGUUUAAUUGUGAGAUCACGUCUCUGGAGGACUACCGGGAGAGCGUGUUCGAGCUGCUGCCUCAGGUGACCUACCUGGACGGCUUUGACCAGGAGGACAACGAGGCGCCUGAUUCUGAGGCAGACGAUGAAGAUGAGGAUGGCGAGGAUGGGGCGGGGCCAACUGGCGUGUAUGACGAUGAGGAAGAUGAGGAUGAGGACGGCUCAGAGGGUGGAGAGGCGGGACUGGGCUUCCAGGUGAACCGGGGUAACCAGGAUGAGGAUGAGGAAGAUUAUGCAGAGGAGGACGAAGAGGAUUUGGCAGGCACUCAAGGACAGAAGAGGAAGAGAGAGGCAGACGAUGAUGGCGAGGAAGAUGACGAUGAAGAUGAGUAAUCCUGCAGCUGACCCUCGUCUGUGUGGCGUCCCGUCCUGUCACCCGCCGCCGCCGCCACCAGCAGCGUCCCCCUGAGAUAGUUUGCGUUUGUGAGUCACGUGUUUAUUUUUAGAGAAUUUCUGAGAGAUUUUGUCUGAACCCGUCACUUCCUGCUGAAGACGCCACGUUUCCCUCCUCUCCUCGCCUGAACUCUGACCUUCGUCUGACCCUCGUCUGACCGCCACGCCGGUCCGCAGCUUCCUGCAUCCUAAGUGGGUUUCAGCGCCUCCCAAGGCACGCAGACUGGAGCAGACAGGGAUCAAACCACCAACGCUCUGAUUAGUAGAUGACCUGCUCGACCUCCGAAGUCACAGCCGCCUCAAUUUAAACUAGCAAAAAGAAAACAACAAGCAGUCGGCGAUUAUCUGAGUCCGAUCGCCCGGACGCCGCCUCGCUCUCUGCUCUGGGUUUAAUUGGUUGCUUACUGUGAGUCGGAGCUGCCGCCAUCCAACAAGUGUGGCGUUUCACCUUCCUGAGGAGCAGGAAGCUCUCUCCCCCUCUCCUGCAGUCCUGACCUCUAUUUCUUUUUACACUUUUACUGUUUGACCUUUGACAUCAGAGGCCAUUCUGCAGAAACAGGAAGUCCAAGCAUCCUCGGGAGGCUCAUUCUUUGUUCUUCGCCCACUGAAUCUCAUCCUCAGUGUUUAAAACAGACCAGAGAAGAAGAAGCCGGCUCAUGCUGCAGCCGCACCGCUCUCUGGUGUGUGACAGGAGAGGAGAGCGCCCCCUUCAGGAUGUCACAUGUUUCAACCAGGGAUCACAGGGACUCGCCUGCUGCAGCUCAGGUCCACAUUGCGGACCCUCCUGGUGUGUGUUUGAUUUGCUGUAGGGGUUUUACAGGUGUGGAUGGGCAGGGUGGGAGGAGUUAUUAGUUCUGUUGUGUUUGUUUUUGUUUGUGAUCAGAAGCUUUUACUGAUUUUAGACGUGAACCCGAGCGGCUCGUCCUCAGGCUGCCCGUCUCUUCGUGACGUUCAGGCUGCCGUCGUGCCACACUUCAGGCUCCGCGUCCUACAGGAGAACCUAAACUUUGACCUGAAGUCGUCAGCCAAUCCCAGCCAGCACCUUAGUGUCAUUUAGUGGCUUUGAUUGGUUGUGUUUAUCCAGGUGCCUUGAAAACAUAAAUGUCUGGAGUUGUACUGAAGUCCCUCAAAUGAAACCCAUCAUUUCAAAUUAAUCAAACUUUAUUUACAUAACAGCUUUAAUACAAAUCAGACCAGAUUAAUGAAGAACCUAAUGCUGAGGGGAACGCAUCACAAAGUAACUCACCGAACAAAAUAUAACGUUCUCAGAAAACCUUCUUUAGAGAAGAAUCAGUGAUACAGUGACAUUAAGAUAAUAAUGAUUUAUAAAAUUAACAGUGAGUCUGAGGACACAAAGAUAAUCAGAUUAGGCUGAGCAGAUGUUUGUGUGAUCCGGCAGCGCUGGAAACACACACACCUGUUACAGCUUCUGGGAACUCCUGAACAGAACAGCGCUUCUCUUCAUCUCGUGGACUCGUUUGCAGGGGGCGGAGCCUUAAAAUGGGGCACACCUGUCACAUCUAAUUCAGGUGUCGUGCAGCUGAACGUGACGCAGAGCGGGAACGUUAACUAAACUCGACCAGGCAGAAAGUUUACGGAGAGAUUGACACGUGAACCUGAAGAAAGAUGAGGACGCGUCAGCCAUCUGGACUCCUCUUUCUCCGGUUCCUUCCUGUCCUGCCACUUCCUGUUUGGUCCUCGCUGAGCAGUACAGCUCUGACUUUUAACAAACUGCUGUGAACUGUGAGCUUUUCUCACAUUUACACUCCUGAAAGCAGCACACCGUUUUAUAUCCUCUGAUGUUCAAGACUUCAGGUUAAAUCAGACAUGCUUUUAAAAGGUCAUGUGAUUCAGUCAAAAGCUCCUGAAUAACCACUGGAAUAAAAACUGUGGUGAGAUUUGUGUGUGUAUUUUAAGAAGUUUUUAUUUUGUCUUCACAUAGUUGAGUCUACUUUGUUUCUAAUGUAGAACACGCAGUUAGUUUGGUUUGAAUCCAUUUAAUGUUAAAGCUGGAAUAUUCAGGAGUCUUCUAAUGAUAAAAAUAUCAGUCUGAGGUGAAGGAGGCAUCUGUGAAAUAAACUGAAUUUAUGUGGAUUUAAACGCUUCUUUAAUGCAUUUCAGGGACUAAACGACCACCACGAAACAAUUCGACUAAAGCACAAAAAACGUCACCCGGCGGUCGAGUGAGACAUCGAAGUUACGUUUUAUUGAAGCGAACGGGAGCGCGACAGAAUCGGGAAACUGCGUUUGGUUAUUUCCCCCAAGAAUAAAAACCGAUGUCACUCGGUUACGUUCCUCGUGGUCGCCCCGCAGUUUGAACGCAGCGCCGGUUCUCUGCCGGGAACUGAGGUCCCGUUGCCGUGUUAGCGCCCCCUGUUGGUUGUCACAGAGACACAGAGCUGUCUUUGAACCGGUGUGUUGUCGUUCAGAGUGUAAAGGUCAAAGGUCAUGAGUGUCUGAUCUGUUGAUGUCAGGGUUAACUUAUCAUAUCUAAGGCAAUACUGUAAAUAGACUCAGGUUUUUAUUUUUUUAAAGAUAUUAAAGAUGUGUUUUUUAAAUAUUCAUUUAUCUGCAGCGAGGUAAUAGUUAACCCCAUAUUUGACCUUUGACCCCUCACCCUGUCUGUAGGGACAAAAAAAGUUUGACUUUUUGUGGUGUUAAAAAAGUGUUUGAGUUUUAAAUAAAAUAAAAAAAAAAAACAAUAAAAAAUGGAAAACUGGAAA